UCAUAGAGGAAAUAAAACGCCGCCCUACUACUCGCGUACUCUCAUUUCUCCGAGCACAACAGCUGGUGAUCAACAGAAGACCGAGCUGAUAAAUAGAUUAGAAACUAGAAACCAGAAACUAAAGUCAUAUUUAGGGGAGAAACAGCUCCUCGUCGCCUUCGCUCAAAGUGCCAAAACGACCGUGCGUAAUUACGCGAAAACAACAACAACAACAACAAUGAGUGCCACAACAGCAAUGGAAGUUAACAUCGAAGCCAGACGGAUACUGGCCGUGUCGAUCAGUAAGCUGUACGCCUCUCGGUCUCAGAGAGGUGGACUGAGACUUCACCGGAGCCUCCUGCUGUCCCUGGUCAUGAAAUCAGCCCGGGACAUCUAUCACUCCUCUCGGGAGAGCGACGCGCCGAGCGAAGCGCAGUCACCACCGGAGGAGCCGAUGGACACCAGCUCCAGCCCGGAGCUGCCGGAGCCUCAGCCGGAGCCCCUCUCGGAAAGAAACUCCUCAGAGACUGCCGUGAAGGAAUCGGACAGUGAGGAGGAAGAUUACGAAUCUGACACCACCGAGGACAAAGAGAACCUGAGCCCGGCGAGGCAGUCCAGGAAACGCCGGGGCAAGGCGUCUGCGGCGCCUGACUUCCUUCCCAACAAGAGGGCGAGGCUGGAGCCAGGGGAAGAGAGGUAUGCGGCUCCGGUGGCCAGCUGUCGCGUCGGGGCCGGGGAGUCCCUGACCACUCUGUCUCUAAAUCAAGUCAUACCUGCUUUCUGAACGGAGAAAAGGACACGAUCGCCCUUUAUUGGACUUAUUAAAGUGGAGUGAUUCUCAACUCCUCAUACUACUUAAGCACCUGGGAGCUGACCUACAUCGGCAGUCUCGGAAACAAAAGGAUUACAGGUGCCACGGACCGAGCUCUCGGACCGAACUCGGCGUGCCUGUUGGGGCAGGUAAAGCCCCAAGCAGAAGAAGGAAAAGAAGGAGGAAGGGGCCAGAUGGCUGGAAAGUUUAUGGAAGAAACUGAAGGAGGAAGUGGUUGUGUUGCCUCUUGUUUCCAUAUGACUCAUCUUCAGUUCAAUGACUGCAAACAAGUGACAACUGCUGAGUCAGAAUGUCGGUUUGUGAAUCAGCAGCGUUGAUCAGAGAGCAGAAGUGGUAAACAGUUGACCACAGGUCAACACAUGCAGAAACUCAGAAGAUGGAGCACGAGCUUCAGGGAGUUUCCUGUCUUCAUGACAAGAAAUCCGACUCAAACACUGAAAGAGGAAGGACAGCCGAGGCAGACGCCAUACACUCACACAUUCAGCUGCUCUUGUGGACUUUGUCAAAUCAAUACUACUGCUGCCGGGCUGUCCUACAUACUGCGUUCACAUGGUGCUUUGAUAAACAGGUUUGUGCACAUGGCACUUUAGAAGCCUGUCCAUUUUGGACAUUGUGUGUUUUUUUUUACUGUGAUUCGUCUUGUUCAUGUCUGACCUGUGAAAUUUCAUUACCUCACAUGUCAAGCUGUUUGAUCAUUGUUUUUUGUGACGGAAUCAAUGUGGUCAAGGUUUUUAAUAAACUUGUUGAAAAAUGAA